AUUUGGGAUCCAUCAGUCACACAAAAACCAGUGGAGAAACCGAACCGCCCAGCAGGCGGACGGCAGACCGGAACACAGAGCCAUGCUGCACACUGGACUUAUCGAUCACCUCUAGAGCUACAGAGAGACACGAAAGGAACUAUUUCCUUUUAACGAUUUUCAAGGAUGAGAAAAGUCAGAACAACAACUUUCUUGCUGGUGGGAGCUCUUGCUCUGUGGGCCCUCCAUCUUUUUAAAGACUCUUUUUACUACAAAACCAGCCAACUCCAUGUAGAUGUUAAAGUGGAUGACAGUCAAAUAAGGCAACCCAACACAAAAAACUCCUAUGUAUACUCCUGGUCAAAAUGUCAACAAAAUAUGAGUGCUGCCAACAUCACAGGCUUCAGCUCUCUUCCUGGUGAUAUAACAGACUUUCUCUAUUAUCAACACUGUCGCCAUUUCCCCAUGCUGCUGGACCUUCCUGACAAAUGUGGAGGAGCUGAUAAAUCUGCAGAAGUCUUUCUUCUCCUGGUCAUUAAAAGUUCCCCUGUGAACUACGACCGCCGAGAGGUGCUGCGUAAAACCUGGGCUAAAGAAAGGUUACACAAUGAUGUGUGGAUCCGAAGGAUCUUCAUCUCAGGAACAAGUGAUACUGGUUUUGAGAAGGAGAGACUGAACAAACUACUUGAGCUGGAGAACCGUGAAUACAAUGACAUCCUCCAAUGGGACUUUAAUGAAAGAUUUUACAACCUCACCUUAAAGCAGAUACUCUUCCUGGAAUGGAUGGAACGUAACUGUCGGAACGCUCGCUUCCUGCUAAAUGGUGAUGAUGACGUCUUUGCCAACACAAACAAUAUGGUUGAGUAUCUUCAGAGCCUCAAGGACAACGAUGGAAGCAAGCACCUCUUUACUGGCCAUCUGAUCCAGAAUGUAGGGCCCAUUAGACAAUCAUGGAGCAAAUAUUUUAUCCCAGUUCAGGUGCAGGAGUCAGACUCAUAUCCUCCCUACUGUGGUGGUGGAGGCUUCCUACUGUCUGGCUAUACAGCUUUGGUCAUAUACAAUAUGUCCAAGUCCAUCCCCAUUCAUCCCAUUGAUGAUGUUUACAUGGGGAUGUGUCUGGCCAAAGCAGGACUUGGUCCUGAUUCUCAUAUGGGUGUGAAGACGACAGGACUGGACAUUCCCUCCAGCACACUAGAUGCAUACAAUCCUUGCUAUUACAAGGAAGUUCUACUAGUACACCGAUUCCUUCCAGCUCAAAUGUAUCUCAUGUGGCAUAGAAUACAUGAUUCUAACCUGAAAUGUGGUCUCUCCAAGUCAAGGCUUUAGCAUGCCAAAACUGUAGCUCCCAUGUAAUGACAGUUUGUUCACACUUUGUUUCCUGCACCUGCUGUUAGGUUGUGAGUGCAGGUUUGACUCUCUUCAUUCCAUCAAAAAAAAAAAAAGCUUUGGACUGUUUUUCUACCACUCUUCAGUUGCAGGCUUUAGCACAGUUAAAUGGAAUUUAUUUUUUUAUUCUUUGUCAUGAAUGUGAGCAAGCAACAGUCAGCCUGUCUCAAAGGGACACAGCAGUAGUUAAUGUAGGGGUAAUGUCCACAUACUGUGUGGGUGAGCGACCUUUAGUAGAAUU